AUGAAUUAUAAUUAUUAUCGUACUCAACAUGAUAGUUUGAGAGUUAUACAUUAGAAUUCACUUUCUGUUGGAAAAUUGAAAAAGGGAAUUGUAUUUUAAAAUUAUCCUUUUAAUCCAGUUUAAGGAUAUAACUCAAACUUUUAAGUGCGUCCAUAAACAUCUUAAACUUAACCUAUAAAGAAACCAUCAACAGCAUAAGUGAUCAUAAAUAAUUAACUAAAUAGUCUAUUCGUCAUGUUCCCAGAGCAGCAACAUCUCAAAGUCAGCGAUAACCUAAUAUGCUCUUUUCUGAGUAAGCUAAUAAUAUUGAGAUGGAGACAAAGCCAAGUAAGAGAUUUAUGAAGAUAUACUUUAUGAAAAGUAAUCUCGCCUGCCUAAUUUAGCCAACUAUCGAACAAUUUUACAUAAUAUCAUGAAUAAUAAACUUAAAGCACUCCCCCCUGGAGACAGGAGGAGAUUAUCCGUACUUAACAUAGUUUAAGACAAGUUUAAAGAACUUAAUAUAUAAGAAAUAAAUCUGUUAAUUUGCUAACAUGAACUAUCUGAAAAGUUUUAUAUCUAUUUUUCAGGUAUAAUUAUAAUCAAAUUUUAGAUUCUGAAUGGAUUCCAUGUAGUAAAUGUUGUUAAUCACCAAUAUUUUUGGUUUUGAGUCCACAAGCACAAAAAACAGAUAUAUUUUGUUGUUAAUGUUCUCGAAAUUUAUAAAAUCCUCCUAAAUCUGCAUUUUAGAGUACUACUAAUCUUCCUAAAUAAUCAUUUUCUUAAUAUGGUCAUUCAUUAUAGGAACAGAGAGAAAGAUAAAAAGUGAGUAGAAUGAUAAUAUCAGGAAAAUAUCGAAAAGUUAAUUUAAAGGAAAUAUAUAAUGAAGUAUAGGAACCUCAAUAAAAAGAAGAAUCUUUCAAUAUUGAAUUCCCUGUCAAAGAAAAACAAUAAGAGAGUACUAUUUUAGAAUUAAAAGACUUAAUUAAUGAAUUAUUCUGA